AUGACUGACGAAAAGCUUUCAAUGGUUGCGGUACAAACGCCAGCGUGCGGCGUUUUGCACGUCUACGUGCAAGGAAAUAUUGAGGAGCGCGGUGGAAAGACCUUCAUUCUCACUUGUCACGACAUCGGAACUAACCACAAGAGCUUUGUCAAAUUCGUCAACCAUCCGAGCAUGUCUGCCGUUAAGGAGAAGGCAAUCUUCCUUCACGUCUGCGUUCCCGGACAAGAGGACAAGUCCGCCGAUUACAUCGGAGACUUCCCAACUCUCGACAACAUUGGUGAUGAUUUGGCUGCUGUGUUGGACAAAUUCGAAGUCAAAUCGGCUAUCGCUUUCGGCGAAGGCGUUGGUGCAAACAUCAUCUGCCGUUUUGCGAUGAUGCACCCGAAUCGCAUCAUGGGCAUCGUUUUGGUGCACUGCACCUCGACCACUGCCGGCAUCAUCGAGUAUUGCAAAGAAAAGGUCAUCAACCUUCGCUUGGAGAAUGGAAUCAUGAGCGACGGAGCCUGGGAGUACCUUCUCGCUCACAAGUUCGGAGGGGAGGGAAAAUUGCGCCAGGAGUAUGUCGACGAGCUCAAGAACACCUUGAACCCGAAGAAUCUCGCCAAGUACCUCAUCGCGUUCACCAAGAGAACCGAUCUCUCGUCGACCAUCGGAACGAAGCUCGAGAGCGUUGAUGCUCUUCUCGUCACCGGAAGCAAGGCGCCACAUCUUCAUACCGUCUACACCACUCAUAAGAGCAUGAACAAGAAGAAGACCACACUUCUUGUCGUCGACAACGUCUCUGACGUUAUGCUUGAGGCGCCGGACAAGCUCGCUCGCUCUCUCAUCCUUCUCUGCAAGGGAUGUGGUGUUCUCUCGGGUGUCGCCAUCCCGGGAAUGGAGAGACAAAGAACUCUCUCGAGCUCGAUGGAGGAGGCUGACCGCCCGAGACGCAUGUCGGUCACCCAGCCGAAUCUCCCACCGGUUCCAUCCAGCUAA